CAUGGGUUGGCCUAGCCUGGUCCUCGCCUUCACCUUCCUCACAGCGGUCCUGAGCCGAAACGCGGAGGAGAAGCUUCUCAAUGACCUGAUGGCCAACUAUGACCGCAACUUCCGCCCAGCCAAGGACGAGAGGGACAUUGUUGACGUUUCGCUCAAGCUAACCCUCACCAAUCUCAUCACACUGAAUGAGAGGGACGAGGCUCUCACAACCAACGUUUGGGUAGAAAUGAAAUGGCACGAUUACCGCCUGCAGUGGGAUGCAGAUGCUUACGACAACAUCAAGUGUUUACGAAUCCCUUCCACCAAGGUGUGGCUGCCAGACAUUGUCCUGGAGAACAACAUCGACGGGGUGUUUGAGGUCGCGAUGUACGCCAAUGUUCUGGUGUCCCCUGACGGCAGCAUCACCUGGCUUCCCCCAGCCAUCUACCGCAGCGUCUGCCCAAUUGUAGUCACUUUCUUCCCCUUUGACUGGCAAAACUGCUCCAUGGUGUUCCAGUCACAGACCUACAAUGCCCGUGAAAUCAACCUGCUGUUGACCGUCGAAGAUGAGCAGACAAUAGAAUGGAUCUUCAUUGACCCCGAAGCUUUCACAGAGAACGGGGAAUGGGCAAUCAAGCACCGGCCAGCCAAGAAGGUUGUGAACGCUCAGCACUUCACGCCAGAUGACACAGGGUACCAGCAGAUCAUCUUCUUCCUCAUCAUCCAGAGGAAGCCACUCUUCUACAUCAUCAACAUCAUCAUCCCUUGCGUGCUCAUUUCCUCGGUUGCUGUGCUGGUGUACUUCCUCCCAGCGAAAGCUGGUGGUCAGAAGUGCACGGUUUCGAUCAACGUCCUCUUGGCCCAGACCGUCUUCCUCUUCCUGAUUGCGAAAAAGGUCCCCGAAACCUCGCAGGCAGUGCCGCUCAUUGAAAAGUACUUAACUUUCCUCUUGGUGGUUACUAUUGCCAUUGUCGUGAAUGCUGUCAUUGUACUCAACGUUUCCCUGAGGACCCCCAACACUCACUCCAUGUCUGCACGGGUCCGGGAGGUGUUUCUGAGGCUGGUGCCACGCUACCUGGGCAUGCACAUGCGGCGUGUCGACGCGCCCGCGGGGAACCGCCUCGUCCGCCGGCGGAGCUCCCUGGGGCUCAUGGCGAAAGCGGACGAGUACAUGCUGUGGAAGGCACGGAGCGAGCUCCUCUUUGAGAGGCAAAGGGAGCGGGACGGGUUGAUGAAGAUGCUCCUGGCGCAGAUAGGAGGCGGCUUAGAGAACGGAAGUCCCCAGGAGAUUUGCAACAGCCUGCGCCGCGCUGCUCCGGAGAUCCAGGCCUGUGUCGAUGCCUGCAACCACAUCGCUAAGACUUUGGAAGAGAAGAAGGACUUUGACAGUGAGAACGAGGAGUGGAUCUUGGUGGGCCGGGUCAUUGACCGCGUCUGCUUCCUCUUCAUGGCCUCCAUCUUCGUUUGUGGGACUCUGGGCGUCUUCCUGAUGGCGCAGUUCAACCAGGCUCCCGCAGAGCCCUUCCCAGGAGACCCCAAGCUAUACCUCCCCUAGGAAUGAGGUCUAGGGGUGGCGGCAGCAGCAGCAGCAGCGGCAACCCC